AUGACUGAACAGGAGAACCACAGCCAGUCAUCCAAGGAAAUGCAUUGCGAAACCGUGGUCCGUCCCAAUCCGUCUUCUGAAGAAAUAGAGGAACAAUGUCGUCGGAUUGGCAUGGCAGAUCUUAAUCCCCAAUCGGGCACUUCUUUCGCUUAUGCAAACCCAAAUAUUCCACACUUGGAGCACCAAGAUUCAUCAGCACAAGGUAGGAAGUCGGACUUUCAUAAAGCUACACCAGCAUCAAAUGCUUCGCGUUCCUUCCACCAACAGUCGCGUGCAUCAAACCUUCCUGAAAGUGCCAUUUCGACUGAUGCUGGAGAGGCGUCUAGUUCCUUCCCUACUCGUUCGUUGCCAAGGCAUCAAUCAGAUCCCGCUGAAACAUUUCUAUCCCGUAUUGACGCCUGUCGUGUCGGUGAAGUCCCACGUUCUUUACCGGAGAUUGAGGUCUCACGCCUCCACUUCGCCCCCUCACCCAUACCAGAGUCCAGUGCCACCGCCUUUCGUGAACACUUUCGUCGAUACGUUCAUCGCUUCACUUCCGAUGUUAAUGCGCUUCGCAGUAGAAGCUCGUCGAGUCGCCUUAGCAUUCAAAAUCCUCCUAGAUCUAUUCGUUUCCGGAGGAGUUGGAGUUCACACAAUUGGCGUCGAUUUCGGCAUUCACCACUACGCAGUCGCACCCUUCCACAACAUCCCGACAGGAAUAAUUGCCCCCGAUCUGGGGGUGAUUUGUCCACCUGCAGCUACGACCUUCGAGAAACAGUGGGGGCGGAUAAGGAGGGUGAUAUUGGGGUGCUGAAGCCUCCUCCAGAUGCUGAUACUGACGGUUAUACGGAGAACAGUCCUCUCUUGUCGAAUCGUGUUUCUUCGCCAAUUGAUAAGAUAGAUAAUAAGGCUACUGUUGGUGUCAGUGUACGAGCCCACUACUCCGAGUCGUCGAACGUCCCUCAGCCCACCAAUGCGGUCACAGCUGCAGUACGAUCAGCAGGAGCGCUGGCAACAGUCGACACCCGUGAUAGCAGUUGCGAGGACCUAUGUCCCCUCUCCCUACUCACUUCUCCAUUGCCAUCAUCUUCGGUCUCCUCUGCUGCCGCUCAAGUUCACUUUGACACCGUGCGUCUGAGGCAACGCACAUUUUCCUCUGGGAGACGAAGACUUCAGGUCUCGCGUCGCCGACGGGCGAUCUACGUCUCCAACUACUCCUCCCGACGUUGCCAUGUCACACAGACCAGUGAGGAAUUCUUACCCUCUCCGUCCACCUCUAGGCCUAGCAUCGAGGCAAGAGAGGUAGAGGAGGGCACUAGAGCAGGAGUGGAGAGGGAUGGACAGGGCCGAGCGCUGUGUGUGGGAGUCAUCGUGGGGCGGCGGAAUCGCUGUGCACGCCACAAAUCCCUCUUCUCUCACCCCCGUCUUCCUGCUUUUCCACCUGGUGUCAACUCCCUUGAUCAUGCUUACUCAUCCCCAAUUCGAAACAACUUACUACCCCGAUCAGACGCCGAUGUCAUUAGGAAUGGCGAAAAUUCGAUCUCUGCUACUGCUGGAAUGUCUGAUCGAAAUUCCCUGCUGGAGGCUGCUGUACCCACGGCCCCUGUCUCAACUGUUCAAUUUCUAGAAGCCCCAGUGCCUUCUGAUCGGACAUUGAGUCUGGAGCUGCAGUCAGGAUCUAUUCCUCGAGGCUUGCAGCAAUCAGCGUCGUCCACAUCCAUCUACGAACUUGCAAAAGAGCCUUCGGAGGAGGGUCGUCGUCAUCGUCCAAGAUCUCUUAGUCCCUCUUCUAUGCACCCUUGCACUUUCUGCGCCAAGAAUUCACCUAAAAGAAGUAAGGGCGAUGGUGAUUCGAUUGAAUGUGGUCGCGCCACUAGUCUCGAACUUAAAGCUCCGUCCAAUGAGUCUGGAUCCAAAGGGUAG